UCCAUACCCUAGCCUCCAUUCCACCCCGCCGCCGCGCCCAAACCCAACCCGCCGCCGCCACUGCCGUCGCCGCCGCAGCGCGCGGAGGCGACCACCCCACCGCCGCCAAGAUGCAGAUCUUCGUGAAGACCCUGACGGGCAAGACCAUCACGCUGGAGGUGGAGUCCUCGGACACCAUCGACAACGUGAAGGCCAAGAUCCAGGACAAGGAGGGGAUCCCGCCGGACCAGCAGCGCCUCAUCUUCGCCGGCAAGCAGCUCGAGGACGGCCGCACCCUCGCCGACUACAACAUCCAGAAGGAGUCCACCCUUCACCUGGUGCUCCGCCUCCGUGGUGGCGCCAAGAAGCGCAAGAAGAAGACGUACACCAAGCCCAAGAAGCAAAAGCACAAGCACAAGAAGGUGAAGCUCGCCGUCCUCCAGUUCUACAAGGUCGACGACGCCACCGGCAAGGUAACCAGGCUCAGGAAGGAGUCGUGUACAUGUCACUUACCUGUCAAGUCGCGCGGAGGCGAUCACCCCGCAGCAGCCAAGAUGCAGAUCUUCGUGAAGACCCUGACGGGCAAGACCAUCACGCUGGAGGUGGAGUCCUCGGACACCAUCGACAACGUCAAGGCCAAGAUCCAGGACAAGGAGGGGAUCCCGCCGGACCAGCAGCGCCUCAUCUUCGCCGGCAAGCAGCUGGAGGACGGCCGCACCCUCGCCGACUACAACAUCCAGAAGGAGUCCACCCUCCACCUGGUGCUCCGCCUCCGCGGUGGCGCCAAGAAGCGCAAGAAGAAGACGUACACCAAGCCCAAGAAGCAAAAGCAUAAGCACAAGAAGGUGAAGCUCGCCGUCCUCCAGUUCUACAAGGUCGACGACGCUACCGGCAAGGUCACCAGGCUCAGGAAGGAGUGCCCCAACGCGGAGUGCGGUGCCGGGACCUUCAUGGCCAACCACUUCGAUCGUCAUUACUGCGGCAAGUGCGGCCUCACCUACGUCUACAACCAGAAGGCUUAGAGGUGGCUUGCGAUUACUCUUCAAAUCGAACUCAUUUAUAUGUGUCCUGUUUGUCUUUGAAAACUGAAAUCUUGGGAGCAUUAUGUUAUGUUUCCUGGAUAUUUGAUCGAUGAGAGCUUAAAUUUUGGUCAUUCUUAUGACGUUAAUCUAUUUCAUGUCGGCUAUCUUAUUUUA